AUGCAGAUGUCAUGUCCGGGUUCUGGCAUUGCCGCGGGAGAUCUGGCGAAGCUUGCAUGGGCCUUCGGGACUUCCGGGCUUCGUGAGCUCCACUUCGAGCCCUUGGCCGAGGGCUUUGUGAUGCUGACGGACGACCAGAGCUCGAACGACCCUGAGCACGUGGCAAAGAUGGUUUGGGCAGCAGCUAAGGUGGGCUAUGGGAGUGUGGCACUCAUGGACAGGGUCGCCCUGCAGGUUCAAGUUCAGGUUGCCGAGUUCCGACCCUCGAGCUUGGCCAACAUCGCUUGGUCCUUCGCGACCUUGGCCUACUUGGUGCCUUCCAUGAUGGCUGCCAUCUCCUCGGAAGUGCUGCGUGGGAUCCAUCGACAGGACGCGAGAGACUUGGCGAACUUGGCGUUCGCCUUUGCGACCUUGUGCCAGCUGAAAGAGGAUGAGCCACUGAAGGAAGCCUUGUCUGAAGAGGUGCUGAAGAAAUUGAAUUGGAUCCAACCUCAAUCCUUAGCGUUCUUGACAGAGGUGGGUUUGGAGGCGUCAACUCAUCCCUUCCUGCUCCAAAAACUCAAUGAGAUUCUGGAUCACCUCGUCACAGCGUUGGCCACGCGAGAAGCUACUUCAGCCUGGAAACGCCGAGUGGAAGCGGCCCUGCAGGAGCUCUACCUGGAUCACUUGGGUUCGGUGGGCUCUCACCUGCUGCUCUCGCGGCUGCAGAUCGAUGCCCCAGAUCAGGACUUCAUCCUGCGCGCCAUGCAGAGCUUCCCCACGUGCGCGGGGCGCACACGCGGCUUAGAGACGCAGCGCCCACAGCAGCGCCGCAUCUUCGCCUACUCCGAGCAUCGCCUCCAGACGACGGACGCGACCGGCGGACGGGACGCGACCGCGGGGCGGAUGCUGCGAGAGCAUGGUUUCCAGGGCCUGCGGCGAUGGCAGAAAGGUUGGCUGAAGCCCUUGACUUUGCCAGUGAACCACUAUGUGGAUCGCUCUGUGUGUGCCGAAUUCCAAGUGCUAAAUGAGAUUUGUGACUUGGUGAAUGAAGAAGCCUUGGCAGAUGACAUGCAAAGCUGUGCCCUCGUCGAAGGAGUUGUGCAGCUCUUGGUGUCCACUGCGCCUUGCCUCUCCUGCAUCUCUGCGGCCCUGCAAUUCCAGCUGCUAUUUCCAAAGGUCCACCUGCAGUUCGGCUGUGUCCAACCCUGGAGUGAACUGCCAGGCGGUUGCGAACCUUUCAGAUCCGACGAAGACCUGCACGCAGGCGCUGCUGCGCCCUCGCCGCCGUCGCCGCAGCAGCCCGCAGAGGCGGAGCUGUCGGAGGCGGAGCGGGCAGAUCUGUCAGAGCUGUGUGAUAUGCCGAUUGAUGCCAGGAGCUGGGAGGAGCUGCUGCUUUGCCUGCAGCGAUGCUCGCAUCAAAGACUUGCGGAGAUCCUCCGACGGAAGCGCUGGCGCGUCCUCAGCGAGACGGUGCCCGAGCGGGCACGGCGCCUGGCGCUCUACCAAAUCCCUGUCUUUUGCAUCGAUGGAUCCAUCGAUUGGAGGGGUUGCCAGGAGGAGGCACUCAUGGAUGUGCCUUGGACCGCCGCCUUUGGCCUCCUGAAGGUGAGCUCCCACACGGAAGUCUCCUUGAAGGUCACCAGCCUUUUUCAGGCUGCCAAACUGGAGGAGGUGGUGGCGGUGCGAAAGCUACGAGCAAGAGAGUGGCAGAGGGUCCUGAACUUGGAUGUGCUCUUAGGUGCAGUGCUCUUCCUGCAUUGCCACGUGCUCUCCUUGGGUGGAAGGUGUGUACCAGAGCGGGAGGAAGACGAGGUGGUCAAUCAGGUGAUUGCCACCGAAACUCCACCUCCGACGUCCGGCGAGGUCGUCUUUGAAGAAGACCAAGGGAUCAUCACCAGUGGCACCUUGGCAGCGGUCGACGAAUGCGGUUGGGAGCAGGGUACCGCCUGGUAUCCCUUCGAUGAGACCGGCCGGUACGACGUGGACCGCUCCUGGUUGGGCGCCACGCCACCCACUCUCGAAGAAUGGGAGGAGGAAGGCUCUCCCGUCGAGGCGUGUGGUCGAAACGCGGGUCUGACCGGUGGACGGAAGGCAGAGGUGCGAGGCUUCCGGCCGGAGGUCCAGCUCAGCGAGGGCGAGCGCCAAAGUCUACAGUCCUUCAUCCAGCGCUUCGAUGCCUGUGCCGGAUUGGAAGCCACCUUGCAGCUGCUUCAACGUGAGGUGCACAGCUUCUUUGGCUUCCAAGCCUGCAAGGUGCUGCAACGCUUCACCAAGAAGUUCGGCGCUGCCGGGUCCAAGGACAAUCGCUUGCACCUGCUCCUUGGCAGGUGUGCCGCUGCGAUGUCCACCGCCGACGGCAUCUCCCUGGGACGUGCCUUGUGGUCCUUGGGCCGUCUCCACCUCCGACACGAGGCGCUCUUGCAGGCGGCCGCGGCGCGGCUGCCAGAGCUCCUGGACACCUGCGGGCCCAUCACCAUCGCCACGGUGUGGCAUGCCUUCGAGGUCUUGCAGUUCGAGGACGCCAAGUGCUUGGAGGCAUUGGUGCAAGACAUGGAGAAGCGGCUUUGGGAGUGCGACCCGCCAGAGGUCUCCAUCGUCCUACACGCAGCAGCACAGCUGGCCGUGCCCAAGCGUGAAGGGCUCUUCGAGAAACUUCUUGAGUACGUCCGACAGCGCUCGGGGCGCUUCUCCGCACGGCAUCUGGCCGUGUGCCUUCACGCAGCGGCCAAGGUCGGGCUUCGGGAUGAGGCCUUGUGUCAGAUGGUGACCGACCGCUUCCGUGCCCACAUUGCGGACACCGAUGCCUUAGCUUUGACCAGCGCGGUCUAUGCCUGUGGCCUAGUGGCGUACUUCCAGCCCGACUUUUUCGAGUCGGUGGCAGCUUGGCUGCUUCGGCAGCUGCGCUUGGAUCAUCGGCGGAUCGAGUCGCAACAGAUCUCCAAUAUGGUCUACAGCUUUGGCAAGCUUGGGUUCAAGUCUGAGCAGCUCUUGAUGGCAUGUGCGCAGAAUGCCAUGCAGGAGUUCUGGCGCUUUAAGCCACAGGAGCUGGAUAACCUCACCUACGGCAUGGCAUUACUGAAGUGGCGCCACGAGCCGUACCUCAAUGCUCUGGCACAGCAUUUGGUGGAAGGUGGCCGUGUGCGUCAACUGGAUUGCCAGUCCUUGGUCUCCAUGGCCUAUUCCAGUGCCCUCUUGGGCUAUGCCAAUCCGGUGAUGCUCCGAGCCUUGGGCGACCAGGCGAUCCCCAAGCUGCUGCGCUUCAAGGCUGAGGAGUUCUCGAUCAUGGUGUAUUCCUUGGGGGUCUUGAACUUCAGGCACCACGAUUUGCUGGCACACGUGGUGCAACUGGUGCCUGCAGCUUUGCCCAAGUUCACCACGCAAAACAUGUCCAACCUUCUGCACGGACUGGGACUUGUCAGCUUCGACCGAGACGACGACUUUGUGCGUCACGUGUGCGACCACCUCAGCUCACGCUUCGACCAGGCCACAGCACAGGACAUCGCAAAUCCCAUCACCGCGUUGAUGCGGAUGUGCAUUCCACACGAGCGCUUCUUCCGACAAGUGGCCGCCUACAUCACCGCCCCAAGCUCUCGGUUGCCCUUGAAGGAUUUCACCCCACAAGAGAUUGCCAAUACCAUCUAUGGCUUCGAUGCACUUCAGGUGUUUGACGUCACGCUCUUCGAGCAAACGCAGCGAGAGAUCUCGAAGCGAGUGGAGGAGUUCAUUCCCCAAGAAGCGGCCAAUGUGCUUUGGGCCGUCGCGAAGCAAGGCCUUGGAAGCGUCGACUUCUUCGAAGAGCUCUUGCGACGCAUGGCGCCCUUCGCCGAGGCCCAGCGGCCCAGCGGGCCACAACGGAUGGCUGUGGAAUGGGGUGCAGAGGACCUCGAGAAGCCGUUGGCGGCGCUGCGGCCUUGGAGACAUCAACUUCCAUCCUACGAGCGCUUGGACCGGGUCUUCCGCACGCGGUUCUUGUCGAAGAUCGCCCAAUUCCUGAUGUCCUUGUCGCCAGCCAGCAACAUGCCAUUGCCCUCGCAGUAUCAGAAGGAUUUCGCCGCUUGGGACCUCUACCAGGUGGGCCCAGACUACACGGAAGAGCUCCUGCGCGGUGUGGGUGUCCUGCGACAUCCCUGGCGGACGGACCAGGAGCUCCUCCGGCACUAUGUGGGCAAUGAGCCGGACUCGUUGCUCUCGCGCUAUGGUGAGAAGCUGCUGAUCUCAGUGCUUCCGGCCGCGCGUUGGGUGUCCAGCCGGCUCUUCUUUCGCUUGGCUUCGCCCAGCAACUCCGAGUUGCUGGAGGGCGCGCUGCUGGUGGAACCGGCGCACCCCAAGGAGGACGACGAGGCCAAUCAACGCCGCUUCGGUGCAUCGGCCACGUCCUGGCGCGAGGAGUUGGAGCUCAGUGGAGGGAACGGCCAUGCGCCUUUCCGACCGGUGCUCCUGAGCACCUUCUUGGGGAACUGGAGGCACCGGCACACGGAAGUGGUCGCCUUGGAUUUGCUGGUGGACAGAGUGCUCCAAGCGCUGCAGCAACGAAGCUGGAGGUGGCAUCCGAGACUUUGGGAAGACCUUGAGGGCGAGGUGGAGCUCUUAGUGCCUCACACGCCCUGCUUGAGCUGCGUGGGCGCCUUUACGCAGCUGAAACGCUGGGCACCGCGCCUGCGUAUCGCCGUGCUCUACCAGGACUGGCGGGACUGGCGGAAGCUCUUGAGAGACACCGUGGCCCAGCGUGCGACGUGA